AUGAGUGAUGAGUUUUCAGAUUUCCUCUAUAAUGCAAGAAGGUUUACCCUCAAAAACGUCUACCUUGCGAGCAUUGCUCCGCUUCAAAUCUAUUGUCGCAAGUGUGAGUACGAGGCCACAACUUCCAUCACGUUUUCCUCCGCACCUUCGACCUUAUCCAUUCUUGACAACCCUCUUUCAUUAUCACCUAACACAGUGUGGCGAGAGCGCCGUGCUUUUGCCUACUAUUUUCAACACGCUGCACCGUUCGUUGGUGGUGAGUUGGAUGCUGAUUUCUGGAGCACCGUCGUCCCGCAGCUUUGCCAGAGAGAACCUGCCGUGUGGGAUGCUAUCAAUUCCAUCAGUGCACUGUUUGAGAGUCCUGAGCCAUGCCUGGGUUCCGUCGUCCUACGCCGGCAGGAUCCCCGCACUCUCAAUCAAAACCACCGAGACGCGCUAGCCUGGUAUUCGCGCUCAGUGUCUAGUAUUCGCCAGCGAAUUGAGUGCGGUAGCGUAGACAUCUUUGUUGGGCUGAUUAGCUGUGUAUUGUUUAUCUGUAUUGAGGCCCUCCAGGGAUGUGAAGAGGAGGCCUUGCAGCUCUAUGAACAGGGUGUACGUCUUAUUCUUGCCUUGCGCGCCCAAAUAGCUUGUGGGGCCUUGCCACCAACAAACGCUUCUUUGUUAGAGGGUACAAUCGUUCCAAUUUUCUUCCGUCUUGGUGCAAUCGCUUUCACCGCUUCUGGAGUCCGGGUUGGUGCUCUGCUAGAAGAUGCGAAUCUCCCAUUGACGCCGGAAUUUGUAUCCCUGAAGUCUGCAAGGGAGGCCAUCGUUCUCCUAUCCACGGAGGUUCAAGUGUUUCAACGGACCUGUGGGGAACAUUUGACAAGGUUUCAGGUCUCCCACGUAUCACAGGAGCUGAUACAUCAACAAGUAACAUUGUCAGCCACGCUAAGGAGCUGGCACACUCGCUUUACUGGUCUGAUGGAGAUCCUGCGCACAAAAGGCGACAUAUCGCCGCAACAGGCCGGCACUAGCGCCAUUCUCUUCACUUAUCAUGAAGUUCUAUCUAUAAUUGUGGCCACUUGCGUAUCAUCUUUAGAGAUUAUGACCGACGCUUAUCUGCCAAACUUCCAGAAUAUCGUUGAACAGUGCAACGUCGCCCUGGAUACUUCAGUGCGAUCAGACGGCACACAACCACCCUUUACGUUUGCGACAAGCGUCCUCUUUCCUCUUUGGUUCACCAGCCUUCGGUGCCGCGAACCUCGGAUCCGACGUGCAGCGAUAGCUCUAAUGUACCGGGCGCCUCAGGUGCAGGGAUUUUACAAAUGCACCACGGCGGCGUCCUUCGCCGAAAAUAUCAUGACUCUAGAAGAAACAUAUGGAAUGGCAAUGAGCACAGCUCAAGAGAUAACCGAUCCUAUGACUCCGGGAUCAACGCAUAUAUGGAGUAGAUGUCAAUCCCGUAGCCGAAGCAACAGUAGCGGCGCUUACACAUUCAACCCGGAUAGUACCCCAACCAGUCCGGACUCAAAAUCUGCCGCAAGUCUAUAUCAUGCGCUCAUAGACGUGGAAGCCAGCGCACCGAUAGGAACGCUUAUCCCAGAAGAGGCACGUAUGGGGCAUUUUAGCGUAUUUCAGCCAGGAAACAGCCUUCCUCCAGGAGUGACCGAGGGAGACAUCGCAAAGUGGAACCGAAGCCGUGAUCAAACAUUUUUGCGAUUCUUGCGGAACCAGCACGAUCUGGCUACUGACACAUGGUAUUUGGUCGACGAAUGCAUUCCCCUCGACUUUUAA